AUGAAGCGUGGCUCAGGACUUCACUACUUCGGCGUCUUCCUCCUCUUCGUCGCCUCUCUCCUCCUCCUUUUCGUCACCAUCUCCGCACCUGUCAUCAACCAGCUAGGACUCCUCAAAAUCGAUCUCGGUCACAUGGGCAAUAAGAAACAAUCCUACUCGUAUUCCUUUGGGACUUUCGGCUUCUGCUGUCUCAACUGCGGCGUCAGUGGUGCUGAUCGAUGUACUGGUCGCCACAUCGGAUACGAGCCCUCCCGAUACCUUUCCAUUGUCCAGGGCACUCCAUAUGAAGAUAUCAGUAGCGGUACGGCCGAUGGUCUGACACGGGUCAUGGUUCUACACCCGAUUGCAUGCGGAGUCGCAUUCAUCGCGUUUCUGCUGAGUAUAGGUGGUGGCAUCGUCGGCUCGCUAGCAGGCGCAAUCGCCGCUGCAGUCGCUUUACUCCUGACAUUGAUCGUCAUGGCUACAGACUUUACAGUGUUUGGGAUUCUGAAGAAUCAUGUCAACGAUGAUAGGAGCGCAUCGACGGCACACUUUGGAGAUGCCAUCUGGCUGCUUGUUGCGAGCUUCAUCCUGCUGUUCCUGGGAAUGUGUAUCGUCUUCUUUACGUGCUGUGCAUCGAGGCGGGAGAAGAACAGAAAGCAGGCCAAAAAUCGGGAGAUUGCUAGCACUCCAGUGGAGAAGCCGAAGGGGGGGAAGAAGAAGAAGAGGUUUGGCAUCUUCUGA